UAUAUUGAGUAUUAAGAUUAUCAUUGUUUUAAGCAUUUUUAAGGGUACAAUUUUCCAUUGCAAAAAUGGAAUUCUUUGGAAAUACAAUGUGUGGACCACAAAACUAUAUGAAGGAUAUAUUGAAAGAGGAUUACCACGAACCUAUGACGGAAAUUGAAGUUAAGGAGUUAUUUAAAAAACUUUCAAAGACAUAUAGCGACAAAGAUAAUCGCCGAGGAUUAAAUGGUUUUGCAUACGGUUCAUUUGAACGAUUUUUGGAUAUGAAAAAAAAAGGUGUAUUGAAACCUAUAGGUCCAUGUGAUAUGUAUAGAUUACCUCCGACAUCCUGCUAUGAGUUUGGAUGGUGGCUUACUGAUACAUCACUAACUGGAGAAAAUUGGUAUCAAGUACAACAAAGAUAUCCACAGCCUGCUUCACCGUAUUCGUUAGUCCUAGAUAAAGAGCGUAAAACCAAUAAAUAUGCAACAUUAUUUUAGUAACUUGAAAGUUUUCAUAAUGGUAGUUAUGAAGAAAACAAUCUGCAUGGUAAAAGUAAAUAUGUUUGUUAUUUUAUGUUUUAACAUUGUAUAAGUUUUGAAUGAAUAAGAUUCGUUUUAGUUGUAAACAUUUGAUUUAUUUCUUGAGUACUUUGUAUGUAGUUCAGUGUGGUAAAGUAGUUAUAACGAUGCUUGUAAAAUAUUCCUUCCAAAUAAUAGGGAUCUGGUUAUUCUCCAGUCUAUCACCAACCAAAAACAUUUUGUACUUUUCGUCGACGUCUAUUAUGCAUAGGCACCCAUGAAUAAGCGUUAUCGCACUGAAUAGGGAUACUGCAACUAGGUUUUUAAAAAUGAGGCAUAACAAAACGAAAAACAAUAACGCCGUCAACAUUGUGGCAACUGGCUUUGAACAUAGUGAUUUUGACUUUUUGUAUCGCCUAUUUCUUGUAUCGCCAACAAAUAGUAUGUUGUAAAAAUUAGGAACUUAUCGAGAAAUGAAUUUCCAUGAAGAAUGGAAUCAUGAAAU